AUGAGCCGGGUCCGCCUCAGCAGCGGCUGGCUGGAGGUGCCCUGGGGAGACGGCGACCUGGGUGCCGAAAAAGGUUUGGGGGAGAGGGUCUGCCCGGAAAACCAGGAGGCGGAGGGUUUACCUGGGCUCAGAGGCGCCUGUUUCCUUUCUUUUCCGGCAGGUUCCUGGGCCGACCGCUCACCGCUACACGAAGCAGCGAGCCAAGGCCGCCUCCUCGCCCUGCGAACGUUGUUAUCACAGGGGUAUAAUGUAAACGCGGUGACCAUCGACCAUGUCACCCCGCUGCACGAAGCCUGCCUGGGCGACCACGUGGCGUGUGCCCGGACUCUUCUGGAAGCUGGAGCUAAUGUCAACGCGAUCACCAUCGACGGCGUGACCCCGUUAUUCAACGCCUGCUCGCAGGGCAGCGCGAGCUGCACAGCACUCCUGCUGGAAUAUGGCGCCAAACCCCAGCUGGAGUCCUGUCUUCCUUCUCCCACGCAUGAGGCCGCCAGCAAAGGUCACCACGAGUGCCUGGAGAUACUGAUAUCAUGGGGCAUAGACGUGGACCAGGACAUUCCUCACUUGGGGACGCCUCUGUACACGGCCUGCCAGUCUCAGCAGUUCCACUGCAUCCGGAAGCUUCUCUACGCUGGCGCUGACGUGCAGAAAGGCAAAUACUGGGAUACGCCGCUCCACGCCGCCGCCCAGCAGUCCUGCACGGAAAUCGUCAGCCUGCUGCUGGAAUUCGGGGCCGACAUCAACGCCAAGAACACGGAGCUUCUGCGGCCCGUGGACGUGGCCACCUCCAGCAGCCUGGUGGAGAGGCUGCUGCUUCAGCGCGAGGUGACGCCCAGCUCCCUGAGCCAGCUCUGCCGGCUGUGCAUCCGCAGCUGCAUCGGGAGGCCGCGCCUGCACCUCAUCCCCCAGCUCCAGCUGCCCACGCUGCUGCAGAACUUCCUACAGCACCGAUAA